AGAUUCCUAGUAAGGAAAAUUGUGCUUAUUAGAAAUUUCUGUUGAUGUUUUUCUUUCAUCAGUUCUGCAUCAAAGUUAAAUACUUCUAGUAAGGUGAAAUAAUUUCAAUUUGGUCUAUCUGUGGUGUAAAUUCAAGGCAAAAGUUAUUAUGGAGUGAGUAGGAAACAGUUCCUAAAACUUAUCAUGUUUGCAGUGAGCUAAUGAAGAGGUUGCCAGUCCUGGUUAUAUGUACAGGUUGGUAGAAUUGUAUGGCAUGGAGCUAGAAGUAGAACUGGGGUGCUUGGACAGCCUGCUGUUGCACUGUUGUUGUGAAAACAGCAUUCCUGGGAUCUCCUUUUUCCAGUUAGCAUUUUAUCGCUUUUACUCCCAAUUUUUAUUUACAAGUGUUUUUAAAGGUACAGGAUAAUAACAAGAAGCAUUAAAAUAACUGCCAUUAUGGAGGACAUUUGUUUUUUUCUGGAUUUAGUUGUUUUUGUUUGAGUGGUGUUUGUUUUUGAAACAGUUCUGAAGGGUUCUUGAAAGUGUUUGGGAGUUUAAGAAAACAGGUUGCAGAGAUGGUCAGAUCCAACAUGUCAGCUAGCUGCUUGUUGGCUCCGUGCUUAAAAUGCAGCUAGUGAAGUAUGGAUUGAAGUUAUAUUCCUGUCUGAGGAAGUGGAAGGUGAUGGUGGCACCCUAUCAGCCAGCCGGGUGUGAGAAAACUGACCAGCAGAGAGCAAGUUCUGUGGUCUGUACUUGAGGUGUCCUGGCUGUGCUCACCUCUGGCAGGGAAGUGGUGCUGCUCACAGACAUGCACAAGUCUCUGGGGAGUGGAAGGAGGAAUCGAGGGAGCUCCUGCUCACUCUGUCCCCUGGGCCAGGGGUUGUGUUGUCCUCAGACUGGCAGGGGGCACGAGGGCACUGUGCGCCGUGGUCACGGAGAGUUUUCUAAGUGUUGUUUUUUAAAGGCCCUGGCUGCACUUCAGUCUUGAUGCUCAACAACUUCUUUGCUGAGUCUCCGAAGCUUUGCGCAGGUGUCCUCAGGCACUGUGCCAUCUCCUGGGACUGCAGCUUCCUGAAGUCCCAUGGUGUCUGCUGGUUCUGCAGCCUGUUCUGUGAUUGAUUCAGAAAGCUUUGAUGGCUUGACCCAGAAACUGAAACUCAGCAGUACUGGGCAGCAUUCUGGUGAGGAUACCUCAGUCUGAACACAGUCUUGCUAGUAUUGCAAAAACAGAUCCACUUUAAUGUAAGCCAGGUUUGUGUUUCAGGUGCUGGCUUCCAGUUCUUAAUGUAUUGCUACCAAAUAAUUUUUCUAAGCUCAUUGUCUGCUAUCUGAAGUCUUACUUAAAAGCGUUGCUAUGUUGCAUACCCGCUUUGAAAUGCGUAGAUCUAUAGAUAGAUAGCUGUCAUUUCCAGACAUGGAAGUAUUACUAUAGUUCAUUGUUGUCAGUAGCUAUUGUGUGCAGUCAGGAUGUCCUGGGGAAAGAGCGUGCUUGUUUAAAGUUGAUGUUAAGUACAUCAGCAUUCCAGUGAUUAUAAGCGAGAAGAAAGCUGUUUGUAUUCAAUUGAAUUGGAGAUUGGGCUAACUUUUGGGGGGCGGAGGGGAGAUGUGGUAAUUCUCAAAAAAAAAAAAAAAAAUUUGAGAUUUUUCAUUCACUUUGUGAUGGAUCCUGAAAAGAAACGAUUUAUCUGGUAGACAACAUGUGAAGCUUAACAAAACUCCUGGAACAGGAAGGCAAAGUGAAAUGGGCGGCAUUCAUUUAGGAAGAGAUUAUCUGUAUUAAUGUCUCAUUAGCAAAGUGAAAGAGUUGCUCUUGUCUGAAGAUUCUGCGGCUAAUGGAUGCAUGAGUGUUGCAAUGCGGUGAACUUCAAAGAAGUUAAUGAAGAAAACAAAAGAGAACUCUUCAGUGAAGUAUUUUCUUCCAUUGAAACAUUGGCAUUCACGUUUGGGAACGUUAUUUCAGACUUCCUUAUGGGAGAUGUAGACAAUGGCUCGUCACUGGGACUUCCUGUAUCUCGGAGAAGUCGGUCUUUUGAGAAUCUCUCAGUGGAGUCUGGGGGCUCACUGCAUGAAAGGGAUGAUAUUCAAGGACAUCUUCGAGCAGAGGAGGUUGACAGCAUGCUCCUAAGGAAUGACAGUGGAAUUGAAUCAGCUCUGUCGUAUGCUAAAGCGUGGUCAAAAUAUACCAAGGAUGUAGUCGCAUGGGUAGAAAAAAAGCUUAGCUUGGAAGUGGAGUGUGCUAAAAACUUAGCAAAAAUGGCUGAAACCGCUAAAGCUGUUGUUGGACCCCAGGAUUAUAUGCCAUUCCAAUCAAUAUUCCUUAAUGCAUUUCAAAAUGAUAUUGAGAACAAUCAACUUUGGCAACAAACAGCUGCUGCUCUCCAGUCUAACAAAUUUGUGCAGCCUCUUCUGGGAAGAAAAAAUGAGUUGGAUAGACAAAGGAAAGAAAUCAAGGAGCUUUGGCAACGAGAACAGAAAAAAAUGCAAGAGCUGGAAGCUUCUCUAAGAAAAGCAAAGUUGCUAUAUAUGCAGCGUCAAGAUGACUAUGAAAAGGCCAAAUCCUGCACUGCUCGUGCUGAAGAGGAACAUCUUAGCUCAAGUGGAAGCUUUGCGAAAGAUGUCAGCAAGCAACUGGAAAAAAAACGAAGGCUAGAAGAGGAGGCUCUUCAAAAAGCUGAAGAGGCCAAUGAAUACUAUAAAGCAAGCAUGGCAGAAGUUGAAGAAAAAAGAAGUGAUUUGGAAAGCUUUAAAAGCGAUGUUUUAACACAGCUUCGGGAACUUAUUUACCAGUGUGAUCUUACUCUUAAAGCUGUAACAGUUAACCUGUUCCAGCUGCAGCAUGCUCAGGUUGUAUCUCUUCCAGUGAACUGCCAGUCGCUCUGUGAGAGUGCCAAACUUUAUGACCCUGGUCAGCAGUAUUCAGAAUUUGUUAAAAGUUUGCCAAAGGAAGGUAUUCGUAUUGAACCAGGUUCUUUUGAAACCCAGAGCUCCCAGAUUGAUGGGGUUUUUAAUAAGCAAUCAGCCAUCAGUAUCCAUACAUCACAUGGUAACUUAUCUCAGUGUUCAGGAGACUUUCCAGCUCAGAUGUUAGAUGAUGUGGGAAGUCCAAUCUAUCAUCGCUCCCAAAGGAUUGGCGAGAAGAGAUCUUCCAGCAGCACAGAUAUCCAAGUGACACGAGGCCCACCGCCAUUCAGAUCUUGGUCAGUUGGAAACCAGAGUGGAGGAAUGUGCAGUGAUUCUGAAAGUGCAGGGGGAAGCAGUGAGUCACGAUCUAUGGAUUCUCCAUCUGCUAGCCCAGGGGAUUUUAAAAGACGACUUCCACGAACGCCUUCUACUGGUACUAUGUCAUCUGCAGAUGAUCUUGAUGAAAGAGAACCACCAUCUCCUUCAGACUGUGGUUUAAAUGAUCUGACAUCUGAAACUGCAAAUUCUCCAGGACCUUUCAGAAACACUAAUAUGUCUAAAGCAGCACAAACACACAAACUACGGAAGCUGAGAGCUCCAUCUAAAUGCAGAGAAUGUGACAGCUUAGUGGUAUUUCAUGGAGCUGAAUGUGAGGAGUGUUCACUUGCAUGCCAUAAAAAGUGUUUAGAAACAUUAGCUAUUCAGUGUGGACACAAAAAACUUCAUGGAAGGCUUCACUUGUUCGGAGUGGAAUUUGCUCAAGCUGCGAAAAGUGUUCCUGAUGGCAUUCCUUUCAUCAUCAAGAAGUGUACAUCAGAAAUUGAAAGCAGAGCACUGAAUGUCAAGGGUAUCUAUCGUGUGAAUGGAGCCAAAUCAAGAGUUGAAAAGCUUUGUCAAGCUUUUGAAAAUGGAAAGGAUUUGGUUGAGCUCUCAGAACUUUAUGCACAUGAUAUUAGCAAUGUUCUCAAGUUGUAUCUUCGCCAGCUUCCAGAACCCUUGAUUUUAUUUCGGCUUUACAAUGAGUUCAUUGGACUUGCAAAAGAAAGCCAGAGUGUCAAUGAGGAAUCGGAUGCUAAACAAGCUAGCCCCAAGUCAAAGAAAAGACAAUCAAUCUGUAUUGAACUGAAUAGGAUCAUCAUUAAAAUUAAAGAUCUUCUGAAACAACUGCCUGUACCAAACUAUAACACUCUUCAGUACCUUAUUGGCCACCUUCACAGGGUUACAGAACAGUCUGAUGAAAAUAAAAUGUCAGCUAGCAACCUUGGCAUAAUAUUUGGCCCAACUCUGAUCAGGCCACGCCAAACAGAUGCUACAGUUUCUUUAUCAUCACUUGUGGAUUAUCCGUAUCAGGCACGGGUAGUGGAGCUGCUCAUAACGUACUAUGAGAAGAUAUUUGAUGUUUCAUUGCAACCAUUUCUGAGCACAUCACAGUCUGAAGAAAAUGCCAUUACAGUCAGAGUUGCUUUAUCAGCAGAAGAGAGGGAGCCACAGCAGCAGAGGAAGUCAUUUGUUGCUGUAAAGGAAGGUGUUCUAAUCACUCCAAGUGAAAACAGAGCUUCAGAAACAUCUGCAUUGUUUUUGGAAUCAAACAACAGCAAGAAUACAAAAGAACAAGUAGAUACAUCUGUAACUGAACAUGUGUCACUGCAACUUGGUGGAGCUAAAUUGGAGGGCUCUGGAAAGAGUAAUUCUCUACUAGAAUCAUCAGCUACUAACAUUUCGGACAUUCAUAUUUCUGCUCUAAAAGAGCCAGGUGAUGCUGUGAAGCCAGCUUCAGAGAAAGACAAUCAUGCAUUUGUUUCUCCAGGUGAAGAGAGCUGGAAAGUUAACUUAUUUCCUGCAAAACCUAAUCGUCAAAUUACCAAAGUUCCAUUGCGGAUUCCAAGGACAAAACAAGCUAUUCGCCCUGUGAGCUUACCUGUAGACAGAAUACUUCCUGCUUGUGUUUUGAAUGAGAAAAAUUCACGAAAUGCAGGAGCUGUAAGUCCAGAAAAGCUUGGCAGAAGCCCUACUAUUGAAGAAGUUUCAGAGGUUAAGGCACUCCCUGCUGUCAAUACAUUUUGCAGACUUUCUUGUUGUGACACUCAGAUGCUGCAAAAAACCUGGGACAAGCAAUAUAAACAGUAUGAUAUCACAGCAAGGACAGCAAUGAUUGUGACAAAUGUGCCCCAGGAGAACCGAGCACUUGAGAGUGGAACUGCAGGUGCCUUAUCUUCAUCAUGUAGUAACAAUUCAGCUAAUGCCAUUCUUCCUAGUAAGCCAUAUUCUCUUUCUGUCAGGUCAGGAAGGACAGCAACAGAUGGGAAUAGUCCCGAUGUCCAUCCUCUUGCUGCCUUCAGGGCACCAAGAACACUGCAACCACCCCCAGGGACAUUUUAUAAACCACCUUCUAACAAAUCUAAACAAAGUGACAAGAGUUCAGCAGAACAAGCUAAAGCUUGUGCACCAACAAGUGCUAGCUGUGUGCUUCAGCAGGAUACGGUGAAACUGGCUAGGAGCUCUGCACUUCCAUCGGGCAAUCCCGGACAAUGCACAAACGAACAAAAAACUGGCUCAGAGGAUACUCACUCCACAGAUCUGAAGCCUACUUACCAGAGACUAAGGCCAAAAAGGAUCCAAGAGCUAGAACACAGGGAAGCUCACUUUGUAUAGGGUGCAAGUUCCUCUUGGACUGAAUGCAAUGGGUUGAUAUUGCCAGGGGAAGCUUCACUUUGACCCUUUAUCCUUUGCUUUCCCUUGAGAAUCCUACUUUUGUGCCAUAUGGGAGUUUUUUUAUAUAUGCAGCCUUUUAAAAAUGGGGGGAGGGAGUGUGGAAUUGUGAUGGUGAUGAGCCAAAAUUUUUCUUGUAAUUCAGUGGAUUUUCAUAAAGAUUUAUUGCAUUCCCAGUCUAGAUACAGCUAAUGGAUUCAUUGAAUAAGAUAUAUAGUGCUUCAUUUCAUUGUAUGGAAUGAGUGCUUAACUGUAGGGAAAUGACUAUCACAUGUAGCAAUGAAAUGACCUAUUUUUCAUAAUAGAGGUUAUUAAUAAAAAUGGAAGGUCUGAUAUUCACUGUCUGAGCAUAAACCAAAGCUUGUGCUUUGUUCAGUUUUCCAAUCUGUGCAAUUAAAGCUUUGCUCCUGAACAGACUUACAUACUGGCCAAUGUGACCCAUAAUUAUGUAUCAUAUGUGUAUAUUUAGGCAGACAUGGUUAUCUGUUGCUGGUUUUCUAUGUUGUCACUUUAAUUUUUUUUGUACAGCAAGGAUGCACUUCUGAGCUUUACCAUUCAGAAUCAGCAGCUGAGCCACAUCUGGUUUCUUGUGUAGCUUAGUGAGUGUGACAAAUGUGCACAGUCCGUUUCAUAUGAGUGCCCUUGUGGAGAGACUCAGCUGCAGUGGUGCUGUCUUUCCCAGCGGAAUGAAACGGCAGCAAUUUGCUUGCUAUAGAUCAGUUUCACCAUUAACCUGGUGUAACUGAAAUGAAGAGCAUGGCUUCCGCGUUUCAGUGAAAGACCUGAAAAAUAACCAAAAAUCUACAGCAGUAGGUGUAUCUAACGGUUUCCACUUUGUAUUAAAUGGUUUUUAUGUGUACGCUGUUAUAUUUGCUUUGAAAUAUAUUAACUUGUUAACAUU